CAACAAGUGCAUGUAUAAAUAGUGAUAUACAUUCAACAAAGAUCUAUUAUACUAGGACAACUGAGGUUAUUAGGAAUACAAAAUGUUGGUGUCAAGCAUUUUUGUAAUGGCGAUUUGUUGUCUAGCUUCUGGAGAUGAAUGUUCAGUGGAUGAUGGUUCUUGUAAUGUCAACAUUAAUUUUCAAAGAAAACAGUCAGAAGUUAUUGCGUUCCAUGCUCGCAUGUCGACUGUUGUUCGGUCUCUUGUUGUUAGUCAAACGCUAAUUUUCGAUAAAAAUAUGUCCAAUCAUGGCGACGGAUACAAUAAAGCAACCGGUAUAUUCACAGUUCCCAAAAGUGGUACUUAUGUAUUUGUCUGGGUUAUCCGUAUGCAUACAGCUGAGCAUUCCAUCGAGCUUGUGAUCAACGACACAGUAUUUGGUUCAACCUUUCUACGGGCUAAAAAUGGAGACGAUGGUUCAGUAAGUAAUACAGUCGUUGUGGACGUUGCAAAGGGCGAUAAUGUAUUUGUUCGUAACCAUGUUUCCUAUGUUGGAGAUGGCAUCAUUAACAACAAUCAGCAUGGCAAAUCAACAUUCUCUGGUUGGCGUUUGGGAUAAAUGGUUUACAUCACAAACAGAUGCACGUUAAAGAGACGCAUCUCAUCUAACUUAAUAAAAGAUUAUACCCUUAGAUAUAUUGAGAGCUUGAUCAUUUUGAACUAGAGAAGGAAUGCAUUUGAAAACAAGGUUAUCCAUACAAACAUUUUAUAUUUUUUAUUGUUGUUUUGAAAUGGAACCUCAUAGCUAUUUUUUUUAAUUCUAAAUAUCACCACAACAAUGCCGUGUUAAAUCUGCGAAUUUGCAGAAGCAUCAUAUUGUUUUUGCCCUCGCUGGGAAUAAAACACAUUAUAUUUUUUUUUCUGUCUAUAAGAAUAAACAUAAAAGAUGUGGUGCACGCAAAAUAACCCACGGGUUAUUAUUAAGUGUGUAACACAUAUUUUAGGUUCUUAUGU